AUGACGACGAAGACAAUGCUGCACUUCUUGCUCGGAGCUAUUGCUAUUGGCGUUGGGUAUUAUUAUUACUAUAAUCAUAUAAACUCCGAAAUCAUGUCCGAAGAAGCUAAGAACGCAAAGAGCAUUUAUGAUUUCACCGUGAAAGAUACCCACGGCGAAGAUGUCUCUCUGGAGAAGUACAAGGGCAACGUUGUGCUAAUAGUUAACAUUGCAUCUCAAUGUGGCUUGACCAAGAACAAUUAUAAGAAGUUGACAGAUUUGCGUGAGAAAUACGGCGACAAAGGCUUAAAAAUCCUUAAUUUCCCAUGCAACCAGUUUGGCUCUCAAAUGCCCGAAGGUGAUGGCGAGGCUAUGGUUUGCCAUUUGCGCGACGCAAAAGCCGACAUUGGCGAUGUAUUCAAAAAGAUUGAUGUGAACGGAUCCAAUGCUGCUCCUUUGUAUCAGUACUUGAAGGCUAAGCAAACCGGGACAUUGGGAAGCGGAAUUAAGUGGAACUUUACAAAGUUUUUAGUUAACAAGGAAGGAAUUCCUGUUAAUCGUUAUGCCCCCACAACAGAUCCCAUGGAUAUUGCUAAAGAUAUCGAAAAGUUGCUAUAAGCGGUA